UUCCGGCGCGCGCCCGGGGCGGCGGCGCGCGGCAGGGGGCGGUUGGGGUGCGCGCCGGCCGGAGUGGACGCCGCCGCGGCCGCCAUGCAGCUGACGGUGAAGGCGCUCCAGGGCCGCGAGUGCAGCCUGCAGGUGUCGGAGGACGAGCUGGUGUCCACGCUGAAACAUCUGGUCUCCGAGAAGCUAAACGUCCCCGUGCGCCAGCAGCGGCUGCUGUUCAAGGGCAAGGCCCUAGCAGAUGGGAAAAGACUCUCCGAUUACAGCGUUGGGCCCAAUUCCAAGCUCAACCUAGUGGUCAAACCGCUGGAGAAGGUGUUGCUGGAAGAAAGCGCGGCCCGGAGACUGGCUGAGGCCCCGCCCCCGCCCCCAGCCGCCUGGCAGCUGGUCUCCAAGGUCUUGGGCCGCCACUUCAGCGCUGCAGAUGCCAGCAGAGUCCUGGAUCAACUGCAGAGGGAUUACGAGCGGUCCCUGAGCCGGCUGACCCUGGAUGACAUCGAGCGCUUGGCUAGCCGCUUCCUGCACCCCGAAGUGACUGAAGCUAUGGAGAAGGGGUUCUCCAAGUAGGAUUCUCGGAGUGUGGGGAGGAGCCUGGCCAGGCCACAAGCUGCAUGUAGCAUUAAAUGUGUUCUCAUGUUGCAAUUUGGCUCAUAACAGUAGCUGGCGGGUACCGGGUACCUGCACCUGGCUCUCGCGUCUGCUUCAUCCCAGGCCUCUGCCUCAGGAUCAGGAGAUGGUUGCCUACAGCUGCCACCACAUCCCUCGAUCACAGCCAGCAAGGAGCACCUUCGCGGCCUGUAGUGUAGCCUCUUCCUCAGAUGCCCCAGCAAAUAAACGCUGUCCUUUCAGACCGAA